CAAAUCACCCACAACAACAACAAGAAGCAACUGAACGACUCGUCACAUCACUGCUUGCUGCUGGUGCGAGGAUGAUGACGAACCGACAACCGCAGCAGCAACGCCAGGGCGGCAGGCGGCAUGAGAGGAGACGGAGCACCUACGAGCUGCACCCACCUGUGUUGGUCGGCCCGGAGGAAGAUGAGGAGGAAGAGGGGUUUGACGAUGAGGUGGAGGGCAAGUUGGAGCAACGGCGGCAGCCACCACAGCAGGAACCACAGCAGGCACCGCUCCACCACCACCAUGACGACCAGCAACGAAAGAGCAAAGAGGGCAAGAUCAAGAUGAAGCAAGCAGCCAGGACACACCGCAAGGAGGGCGCUGAACGCGAGGAGGAGAAGGUCGAAGAGGCAGAGGAGGAAGAGGAGCUGUUUGAUGAACGCCGCGCGAACCUGACGUUCCUCAUCCUUGGCGGCGGGUUCCUGUUUGCCAUGAUCGCCUUGCUUGGCAUCGGCAUUAUGGAUGUCGUGUAUGGGGAGUCUCUGCUUGUGCACGCGCUGGCCUCGCUGCUCAUCGCCAGCAUCAGCGCCUCGGUCGUCGUCACCUACGCCCUUGGCGGGCGGGCAGCCUUCUCGCACCACUGGCGGUGGUUCCAGCCGCUUCGCGGGGGCGUGCGCUUCGUGUCCCUGCAGAUCUUCAGCUGGACGCUGUUUGCGCUCUCCCUCGCCCUGCCCACGCUGCCGCUCAUCCUGGCACUCUUCUUCCCGUCAUCCACCUUCCGCGGCGUCAUCCUUGCCGCGGGCCUCUUCGCCUUUGUCUCCCAAGUCGUCAUGGCCACCAGCAUCAUCACCUACCACGAGCCGCAGGAGCAGCACGCGGACGGGGGCGGGGAAGGAGGAGAUCAGGGCGGACAACAGGGAAGAGGGAAAGACAGAAGCGGCGAGGGCCAAGCAAGGAAAGGCAGCGAACAGGACACAGCGCAGCAGGACACACAAGAGGACGAACACCGCACAGACCAACACGACAAAACAGCUGCCGCUGAGAGAGCAGCAGCAACAAAGAGAAAGGCCAAGAGGUGGGCGGGCAAGGCACCGGCAGAUGGCGGCAAACACAAGAAGCAUCAUGAAGGCGAUGACAAAAGGAAACAGAAGCAACAACAGCAACAACAGGAGGAGCAGGUCCAGGAACAGGAGCAGGCCCAGGACCAGGAGGAAGAGGAGGAGGAUGCACGCAGCGUGGCAUCUGCCCCGGGCUCGAUCGGCUACUUCCUGCAGUCACCACAGGGUCAUCGCUGGUGGACAUCAUUUAUUGGGGCCCAAGUGUUGCUCAGCUUGACCGGCCUUGCAUACACGGUCCUGUUGGACGUGUACAUCAAACACGAUGCGGAGCCCAUGCUUGUGUUCGCCUGCCUCUGCUGCCUUACUGCUGCCAUCUUCCUCACAUACGGGGUUGGCGGCCGGUGGGCGUAUUCACGCAAGCAGUGGUCCUUCUUCCAGCCGUUUAUUGGAGGCCCCAUCUUCAUUGCCCUGCAGAUGCUUGCGUGGACCUUCUUUGGCACGGCCGCGUUUGUGUUUCUGCUGCACAUUCUGCGUGCGCUCUCGGUCUGCAUCCCCGCUUACACGGACGACGUGAGUGCCCUCCCCACCAUCACCACCGCGGGGCUGGCGGCCUUCCUUGCCCAAGUCAUCAACGUCGCUUCACUCUUCGGUCGUACAUUGAUGGAGAAGGACAGUCCGAUGUAG